GGACCUUCACAGUAGCCUUUUCAUUUCUUUUUCUUGCUGUUUGGUCUCGUGUUUGCGUCUAUUAGAAGGACGUGCCAACGAACGUGUUUCGAGCAGCAGUACACGACCCCGUUCGUCGCUGCUUGUCGAGCAAGAUCAUAAGUCCUGAAACCUCUCCGUGGCUUAGACAACCGAACCUCUGCUAUCCAUUUCUGUGUGUCUGUGUCUGUGUGUGUGUGUGUUUCUCUCGCCGUUCUCAUCUAAACUUAGUAGUCCAUGAAGGAAGGGUAUUCUCCAGACAACAUGGAGUACGAAUACGAAGACGAGGAGCUCGUGAGUUGGAUCACAUGGUUCUGCGACUUGAAAGGUAACGAGUUUUUCUGCAUGGUGGACCGCGAGUUCAUCACGGAUGAGUUCAACCUCACCGGAUUGGCGCCGAUGGUUCCCUUCUACAACUACGCCUUAGAGCUCAUCCUCGAUGUGGAAUCGAUGGAGAGCGACGGGCUAACCGAGCAGCAAAAGCGUCUGGUAGAGAGCUCGGCGGAGAUCCUCUAUGGGCUCAUUCACGCUCGCUUCAUCACGACGGGGCGGGGCCUCAAACUGAUGGAGGACAAGUAUCUGCAGAGUGAGUUUGGUAGCUGCCCGCGUGUUUUCUGCGAGGGGCAUGCGCUGCUGCCGGUGGGGCAGAGCGACGUCGUGCGGGAGAGCUCCGUCAAGCUCUUCUGCCCGCGCUGCGAGGACAUCUACCACCCCCGCUCCGUGCGCCACCGCAGCCUCGACGGCGCCUUCUGGGGCACGACGUUUCCGCACCUUCUUCUCAUGCAGCUGCGCGAGCGGGGUGUGACGAUCCCGCCACCGAGCCAGCAGUACGUGCCGAAGAUCUUCGGCUUCCGCAUCCGCAAACCCGGCACGCUGCCCAUCGCCAGGGUAGUGGCAAACGGCGAGCCAGCCGCGGUAUCUGUCGCUCCGACCUCGGCAACUCCUAAGAACGAGGAUCCGCAAAACUCGCCGGAGGGCGGAGGUGUGUAG